ACCCUUUAUAUUUACCUGUUAAUAUUACCAAAAGCUACUUAAUUAUCAAUCAAUUUACUAGUAACAAUUAACUUAUACUCUUUGUUGAAACUUUAUUCAUUUAGAAUGAAAAAUAUUAUCAUUAUCGCUUUGUGUCUUAUUGGUGCAGCCAAUUGUUUUGUGCCCGGUGGUUUCUUCCCCGUGUCUAUAGAUGAUCCUCAGGUAGUUAAUUUAACCUCCAAGGCUGUUGAAUAUCACAAUCAAAUUUCCAACAGCGCUAAUUAUAAGAAAUUAGUUAGAAUUCAAAAUGCUCAAGCUCAAGUUGUCGCUGGAUCUAAUUAUGAGAUCACUUUUAUCGUUGGUUUCACCGAUUGUGCCAAGUCCAAUAUUACCGGAAAAACUUGUAAUUUAUCAGCAAACACAAUUCCAGAGGAAUGUACUUACAGAAUCUUAGUACCACUAAAUAACCAAGUUGAAAUCACCCGAGGCGAUUGUAAACUAACACAAGCACCAACCAUUGCACCCGUUUGAUAUUCUCGAUGAUAAACAGUUAAUCAAAUUACAUGUAAUUGAUAUUCUGAUACUUUAAGUGUAAUCAGAGUAAAUUUUCAAUAAUAAAGUUAAACUUUGCUCGUUGAAA